UUUUUGUAGACGUAAUUUAGUUUUCUUUGCUGUAAUUUUUUUACUACUAAUAACUUUCAGAUUCCUAUUUAGAAUAAAAUGAGUUAAAUUUCACCUUCAGACGAAUCGUCCCUAAUUUGUGAGCAGUGUACAGGUUGUGCCAUCUAUUGGAAGUUCUAGAAGAGUGCUGUUUUUGUCAACGGCCUCUUUUUGGUUGAUCCCCUGGUGACGCGGCGUAGCGACUAGAUUCCUGUUAAGUGUGUACGUGUGCAGGCAGAAGACAGGAUGGCUCAACCUACGGACUCGGGACCUGUAUUCUUCACUAAGGCUACUCCAGAACAGUGGACAUACGUGCUUUCGCAGUAUAAGGAAGUUUUGAAAGAAAGAGCUGCUAAAAGGACCAAAAAAGGUGGACCCGAAGAGCUUAUUCGUCUCGAUACUUGGUACCAAGAACAAUUACCAAAGAUUAUCCAGUCUAGGAAGCCACCGUAUAUUGUUCAUGAAGAGUUAAUUCAGAUUGUGAAAUGGAAGCUUAUGAGAGGAAAAUUCCGUCCAAGGCUUAUAGAUUUAGUUCGCAUCAAUACCGAGAGUGCUGUAUCAGCAACUAGCCGGAAGGCAUUUAGAAAACCUCCAAAAGAACUAUCUCAAGCGAUAACUGCUCUUACCAAUUUAAAAGGAGUUGGUCCAGCUACAGCUUCAGCUAUUCUUGCUGCUGCUUUUCCGGACGAUGUUCCAUACAUGGCAGAUGAAAGUAUGCUAUCUACACCAGGCAUUGAAGCAACAGAUUAUACCCUAGCUGAAUAUCUUAAUUAUGCUGAGCAUAUAAAAGCAUGUGCUGAUCGUCUCAGGGAGUUGGAUCCUAAAAGUAAUUGGACCCCUCACAAAGUGGAAUUAACCUUGUGGACGCAUUACUUGGCCAGAGAAUUGAAGCCAUCCAUUUUAGAGGGCAUGCCCAAACCACCAAAAAGUGCUGAAACGUCUGAGAAUGGUGAGCAUGCCAGCGAUGGUACAGCUGAGAAUGGCAGUGUGACUGAUGAACCUUCUCUCAAUACCGUCAUCACCAAACCUCAGAUCUCAACGGAUGACGAAAAAGAGCUGCCAUCCGAAGAAAACACCAAUGAUUCUAAUGCAGAUUCUGGCAAAGAAAAUGUUGGAGAUUCUGCCGAUGUUGCAGAUGAGGAUGAGGCCGGUGAAGCGGCAGCAGCAGUAGCAGAAAAGAGUCCGCCUGAUGAACCUCCUGCCAAAAAGUUGUGUGUGGAGCAGUAAGCUGGAGCUGCGCAGCAUUUAGUUUGCACAAUUUUAUUCAGGACUUGCAAAUGGUUAAAAACAGGGAAAUUUAAGAGACUCCUAUUUUUUAUACAUAGGCUUUCUUGUAUUUUUGCGCUCCAUCAUCAGUGUGUGCCAUUGUCUGAAAUUAUAUUUAUUGCAUGUGAAUAUCUGUUUUUGAUCAUAAUUCACAAAUGUAUCAAUCAAUCUGAACUUCCAUGAGCUUGAAGUACUUUACCUGAUGUUUUGUCCCAUCUGAAUUAAUUGUUACUUCUUUCUGAACCUAAUUUUAUAGUUCCAAUCAUGCAGUAGUCUAUCUAUUAAAUCUCACUUUACACAGAAGCUUUUUCUAAGUAGUUCAGCCAUUCAGAAUGGAAGUUCUCAAGAUUUGCAACUAUUUGAUAUGGCUAAUAGAUCCUUGCUGGAAAUUAAAAAGUACUAGAAUUAUA